CAAUGAAAGUGUUAGCUGGUACGUAGAGAUGCCGUAAUAACUCAUCUAUUUACCAAUUAUAGAUCUUCUUUCUUUCAUAACGGUAUAUCAAAGUAUAUAGGCAGUAGAAAAAAACUUUAAUUGAAGGUUGGGAUGGGUGAAACAUGUGCUGCUGCCAUUAUAUUAAAGAUGGAAUUAAAAGAGGUAGAUAGAGAGCAUUUAAGAAGAAUCGUGAAUUUCAUUUAACAAGGUAGACCUUGGCGCAACAGCAUUAGCCCAUAUAUACCCAUAUCUGCUUAUGUUAUAUGUUUAUACAAUUCACAAGUUACAAUUAAAACAAGUGCAAUUCCUCAAGGCUCUGCUAUGUGUAAUCCCACUAGAGAUUAUGGCUCUAGCCAAAGCGGCAUGGUGCGUAAAGAGAAAACACCAUAUUUUCAGAGAUAUUGGACGUGGGCUGAUGUAGCAAGAGCGGUAACCGUCACGAUGGUGCACUUUUUGUGUCUCCUGGCGCCAUUUAACUACAAAUGGGAAGCAUUACGGUUCGGUCUAAUUCUCGUCGCAGUGACUAACCUGCUCAUUACAUUCUCGUAUCAUAGGAACUUGGCUCAUCGGAGCUUUAAGCUCCCAAAAUGGCUUGAGUAUCCUAUCGCUUACGCUGUAGUUUUCGCUCUUCAGGGUGAUCCACUGGAUUGGGUGAGCAUACACAGGUUCCAUCACCAGUUCACUGACUCGGACCGUGACCCACAUAGCCCUAAGGAAGGAUUCUUGUUCAGCCAUGUCAUGUGGAUAUUUGACACCCUUUAUAUAAAAUAUAAGUGUGGUGGACGUAACAACGUGAUGGACUUGAAGCAGCAAUGGUUCUAUAGGUUCCUACGAAAGACAAUUGGCUUCCACGUCUUAAUGUUUUGGACCGCUCUCUAUCUCUACGGUGGUUUACCUUACCUUACAUGCGGAGGGGGCGUUGGAGGUGUGUUAGGGUACCACGUGACAUGGCUCGUAAACUCCGCAUGCCAUAUUUGGGGUUCGAGGUCGUGGAGGACUAAAGACACAUCUCGUAACGUUUGGUGGCUGAGCAUAUUUACGAUGGGAGAGAGCUGGCACAACAACCACCACGCGUUUGAAUCAUCGGCGAGGCAAGGAUUGGAGUGGUGGCAGAUAGAUAUCACUUGGUACCUCAUUCGACUAUUUGAGGUUCUCGGAUUAGCCACCGAUGUGAAGUUGCCUUCGGAAUUUCAAAAACAGAAACUGGCUCUCGUUCAUUGAUGUUUAUUUUAAGAUUUUGAAUUAUUCGCAUCAGGCAAUCUAAGUUAUAAGUUCUAUAGUAAAGACGACUACAACAUUUAUAUAAGACUCAAGAUUAUGGUUAUUUGUUUCUCUUUCCAAAAUCAUGCUUAGUGUAUUCCAAAAUAAAUGAAUGUUUUACGUCUUUCUGUCAUAGUAGACUUAAAUGUUUUUGAUCAAGUGUAUUUCUUGAAUCAUUAGUUUAAAUAUAUUUGUUUAAAAUGAA